AUGGCAACGGCAACACCGAGUGAUCGAGCAAAAUGUUUUUCAUGUGACAAAGAAAAAAUCAUAUAUCCAUGUGAAGGAUGCUCAAAGAAGUUUUGUUUGAAAGAUUUAACAGAACAUCGUCAAAACCUUAACAAACAAUUUGAAGGAAUCGAAAAUGAGCGUAACCAGUUUUACCAAAAGCUUACUGAACGAAAAAAAGGUCUUAAAAAACUCCCAUCAUUACAGGAUGUUGAUGAAUGGAAGGAAGAGUUAAUUGCGAAAAUCCAACAAACAGCAGAAGAAUAUAAACAAACAUUGGUUGAACAUAAUAAGCAUUUUAUUCAAAUAGAAGAACAGUUAUCUCGAUUAACUGCACAAUUAAAACAAGCUCGUCAAGAAAACGAAUUUAACGAAAUUGAUUUAGAUCAAUUCAAAAUAAAACUAACAAAACUAACAGAAGAACUUAGUCAGCCAUCAAAUAUUAAGAUUCAACAAGAUUAUGCAUCAUUCACAAAGAAAAUUUCAGUUGUCAUAUCAUCCGCAAUUAGUCCACAAGAACAAUUAAAUGAAAUUAGCUUAAAUCAAAUUCAACCAAAGAUACCAAAAGAACUAAAUCAGUCUCCAAAUAUGGCAAUGCCAAAAAAUUCUACAUCAUUUAUAAAUAAGAAUUUAAGCAGUGUAUCAUCUAGUAAGCUUAAUAAAGAUAUCCGAAUUGAUGAAAGAAUGUAUUUAUAG